AUGAACUCACGUGGGCGCACCCAAGAGGGCAAGAGGCCAGAGACAGACGCACAGGAAGCAGCAGAAGCACCCGUACACGUUGUCCAGCCGCGAUCACAUCAGCCCUGUGGGCCUCAUGUGGACGUCAUGUGGGCAGCCGGAAUCGUCCGGGCUCGACUUGAGCCAUUAGGCCAUGAGGCCUUGGGCUUGGUUUGGUCCGGUCGGACCUGGUCGUGGUAG